AUGGCUCUCCGGCCCUUCCUGCUGCUGCUGCUGCUGCUGGCUACCACCCUCUUCAUCACCCAGGCUCAAGGCAUUGGAAGCUCAGCCUCGGACUGCUGCCUGAAGCACAGCCAGAAAGCCAUCCCUAGUGGUGUGGUGACAUCCUACCGCCUCCAGGGACCCGAGUCGGGAUGUUUGCUUUCUGCUGUUGUGUUCACCACCAAGCGGAACAGGAAAAUCUGUGCCUCUCCCACUGACAACGCUGUCCAGAAGUUGAUGCAGCACCUGGACAAGAAGGCCAAGAGUGACAAGAUCAAGAAGAGGGGGCAGACUCUGCGUCCCAGGGUCAAACCCAAAAAGCAGAGGCGGCAGCGGGUCUAA